UAGACAGACAGUGGUGUAAGCUGAAAGAACUAUGGCUCUCCGAUUAGCAUAUUGGAUGCUCUUAUUUCAUUUUCUGUUCUUAAUGUGCGACCAUGGCAAUGGAGCAAGGGAUGUAGCAAAACAAGACUGGAAACAAGUGGAGAUGAUAGACCAACAUGACUCAGCUAGCCAUGAAACUAAAUCAGUCUCCAAAGACUCUGAGAUGGAGGACAAAAAGCAUUGCGACCAUGCUAAUGAAAUGCAGAAUGUACCUAAGCAACACUUGAAAGUCACAAAAGAUGGUUACAUAACAGCAUAUGGAGAAGAGUACUCUAAAGAAUCAGUGAUGGUGCAAGAAAAUAAAAUGAAGCCAAUGUCAACAUCUCAUCUCUUCGGAGCAGUAGGCUUAUUCCCCGUAAAAGAUUUGUUUGUGGGGAAUAUAAUGCCUCUUUACUUUCCCGUAAAAGAAUUUCCUCAGUUCUUGCCUAGAGAAGAAGCUGAUUACAUUCCUUUCUCCAUGGCCCGACUCCCAAACAUCCUUCAACUCUUCUCAGUCCCUAUAGAUUCUCCCAGUGCCAGAGCCAUGGAAGCCACACUCCAUGAAUGUGAAGUUACACACAUCCCAGGGGAGAUCAAGCUCUGUGCUACAUCUUUAGAGUCCAUGCUUGAUUUUGUGCAUAAAGUCAUGGGCUCAUGGGCUAACCCGAAUGUUCUGACAACUACAGUACACCCCACAAUGUCAACUGCCUUGACACAGAAUUAUAGUGUUUUGAGAGUUUCAAAGGAAAUUUACGCUCCUAAAUGGGUUGCUUGUCAUCCUUUGCCUUACCCUUAUCUGACUUUCUUCUGCCACUUCACAGAGAAUACCAAGAUUUUCAAGGUUUUACUUGGUGGUGAGAAUGGACAUAAGGUGGAAUCUGCUGCUGUUUGCCACAACACUUCUGGUUGGGACCCUAAUCACAUUAUAUUCCGCGAACUUGGUCCCAAGUACGGCUCGACUUCAGUAUGCCAUUUCCUUGCAAAAUAUCACCUUGUUUGGGUUCCAUCACCAACAACAGCCUCUAUCUAAAGGUAGCUCAAGCUCUGUUGCCUCUGUAUUGUGUAAAUGUUGAAUAAAGGUCAAUCAGCGAGUUCUUGUAAUAUGGUGGACCUUGUGUUUCUGCUUGUAUUGCUGCUUAAUUUCUAGUUUGUUGUCUGAAUGUCUCAUGUGAGGAAGAUCACAAAAGUAGGUGCCCUUUAUGUACAAAGGGUGGGACUUUGGUCGCAGUUA